GUUCGUCGUCCGUCGUCGUUGUGUUGUGUCGUCAUCAUCCUCGAUUCAACAGCGAGGAUGCCAAGAUCACGAGUAAGACGGACACGAUAAUUCUUGGCCGAUGAGGAGCAGAGCAGCACGAGGGCGAGUAGUAGAAGGAGCAGCAGUACGAGCAAGAGCGAGUGGCUUCGUCGUCGUAGAAGGUGGUGGCGGUGUGGAGAAACAGAAGAAGGAACGAGGACGAAGUGGCGGCGGCAGCAGUGGCAGUGACAACGGCGGCAAAGCGGCGACGAACAGCCAGGUCCCCCCAUGUUAGCGGACAUCAACGGCAAUCUGGCGGAUCUGAGAAGCGAAGCGAUGGCGUCGCAGAGAUUUUGUCUGCGCUGGAACAACCACCAGAGCAAUCUGCUCUCCGUCUUCGACCAGCUGUUGCACGACGAAUCAUUCGUCGAUGUUACGCUGGCCGUUGAGGGCCAGCUACUCAGGGCGCAUAAGAUGGUGUUGUCGGCGUGUAGCCCUUACUUUCAGGCCCUGUUCGUUGGACACCCUGACAAGCACCCGAUAGUCAUUCUCAAGGAUGUUCCAUAUGUAGACAUGCGCAGCCUCUUGGACUUUAUGUAUCGUGGUGAAGUGAGCGUCGAUCAAGAUCGAUUGACCGCUUUCCUGCGAGUCGCUGAGUCCUUGAGGAUAAAGGGUCUGACCGAAGUGAACGAGGACAAGUGUGAUUUGCCAAGUAUAACGUCCUCGCUGUUGGGCGGCAGCCAAAAUGCGGUGGCGCCGCCGCCUCCCAGUCUUCAUCGGAUCAAUCAAAUCGGUCCGCAUCAUCAUCAUCAUGUCGCGCAGAAGAGGUUCCAUCAUAUGUCCAGUCAUCCGUUGCUUGGCUCGGCGCUGACGGCGCCUAAAAGGAAACGUGGCAGACCCAGGAAGUUGAGCGGUUCGUCGGACACGCCAAUCGGCGAAAUCGGCGGUCAGGACCUGCAAUCCUGUUCUGGCGCUGAUCUCGUCCAGGGCUCGCCUGAGAUGAUGGAAAUGAAAAUGGGAUUGGACUUUCAGAGCGAGGUUAGCGGUAACGGCAACGUGAGAAAUGCCGGUGCCUCCUCUUCCAACAACAACGGCGCCAAUUCUGCGACAGCCACCAGUAAUUCCGCUGCCGCCGCCACGGCCUCUUCGGGAUCAUCGUCGGCGAGGAGAGACGAGCCUACGGAGAACGGUACUGAUACACCGGAACCGCCAGUCACUCGAGUCAAACGAGAACCAGAACCGACGCCCAGUACCUCGGCGCAAGCCUCGGACGAGACAUUCGCGCGGCCGCACAGUAGGCAAGGGAGUGAGGGUUUCAAGCAAGAGUUCUCGUCGAUCAAAACGGAUAAUGGCAACGAGACCUGGAAGGAGAAAACCCGCGGAUUGAACACGGGUGCAUCGCCGGCCGCGACAUCAAUAGACGUAUCAUCUCCAAACUCGUCGUCAUCCUCGUCACCGUCGAACGCACGGGCAAACACGUCGUCGUCGACGUCGACAACAAACGCGGCGCCAGCAACUACGAAUGCGAGUGGCGCACCGACGACGACGAGUGCGGGUGGCACAUUGACACGUAGCUCGGCAUCGCCGGCCUCUAGGAACAGCAGCGGUGGCAGCACGAACACCAACAUUGGCACGAUGUCGGCGCCAAGUGGCCGUCAGGCCCCAAAGCGACGUAUGCGACGUCGCGCCACAUCGCAAUCCCAGGAUCCAGCUGAGCAGUUGACAGAAAUGUCUGUGCGAGGCUUAAAUCUGUUCCGUUAUGCUUCCAUCAGCGAAGGCGUCUAUCAAUGCACCGAGUGCGCCAAGCUCGACAUUCAGAAGACAUUUAAAAACAAGUACAGCUUCCAGCGGCACGCAUUCCUCUACCACGAGGGUCAUCAGCGCAAGGUAUUCCCCUGUCCAGUAUGCGCCAAGGAAUUCUCGCGACCAGACAAGAUGAAGAAUCAUAUGAAGACCGUGCAUGACUGCUUCAUGCCCAAGGACUGCGUCAUGCCGUUUAGUUUCUUCAUGCCUGGUGGACCUUAGCGGGCAGGGCGAGGGCGAGGUGGGCUGCCGAUCGGUCCGGCGGCGGUUCAGAGGCAUGCGAGGAGACUCGGUGCCACCGCGAUAUCCAGAACCACGGCCGCGGCAGCCAGGGCGACGACCUUCAGGCGCGGCAGUCGCUCCUGAACGGCGUUGAGUAACGACGGGUGAAUAAAAUCACGGUUUUCAAUUUGCAAAAUCUAGAAAC